CACACUCCACUCAGAGUGGGCUGGGAGCAGAAGCAGCACAGCAGAGUUGGCAGGACAAUGGAGAUAAGCGAGAAGAUGGAAGUUGUUACUAAAGAGGUACUUCUUCACCCACCACCAGUGCACCACCAUGCCUUGGAUCCAGAUCUUCUGGGCUGCUGCCCCUGUUGCCCCUGCUGUGACUGCUGCCCCUGCUGCAACUGCUGUUCCCUGCCUGACUGUGGCUCCUGCCCCAGCUGCGGCAGCUGUCCCAAUUGCUGCUGCUGCUGCCCCAGCUGCUGUUGCCCUCCCAGUUGCAGUUGCUGCUGCCGGAUCUGCUGCUGCCUCCCAAGUCUUCUGUGCAAGUUACCCAAGUUCCCCAGCUGCCCAGUGCACAUCAAGAGGCUUUUGCUCAUUGUGGUGAUUGUCAUCCUCAUCGUGGUGAUCAUCGUGGGUGCUCUCCUGAUGGGGCUGUUCAUAACUCAGGGGCACACAGAGACGGUUUUGCAAAUGACCAUUGAAGGGCUGGAAGGGAGAGAGUCACAGCUGAAUCUGUCCAUGGAUCAGGAAGAAGUGGCCACUUUCCAUGUGGAUGAUGGAAUCAAUGACCCAGCCACAGUCAUUUAUUACUUUGGCAAGCUACUGAUUGGUUACAAAUCCUGGAACAGAAAGGCCUGCUUCAUCACCACAAUGGACAAGGGAAACAUCCAAGGCCUAGAUGCCAUCCUAAAAAAAUUCCAGCCCAACCUAACUGUUAUACCUCCCAUACAGAGGAAAGAAGAUGAGAUGUUCCUUCUGUCCCCAGCUGAUCACUCCAUCUUGGGUGCUACAGUUAACAUCCUUUGCAGCCAUGUCCCCAUUUUCUGGGUUUAACAAGGUGAGUGAACAGAGGUGUUCAGUGUGGGUGUCAAAUGAACCUGGAAAUCAAGGAGUUGCAACUUCAUGCAAUAACAUCUUCCAGGUAUCAAUGUACAA